GUAAAGCUAGAGAUUUCAAGGUCCCACUGGGUGUGACAAUCGGACCAAGUCAAACGGUGAGUUUUUAUUGAAUAUAAGAAGACGAAAGAGACAGACAGACAGACCGACCGACGACCGACUGACCGACCGACCGACGGACGGACGGACGGACGGAUGGAGGGACGGAUGGACGGACAGACAGUGGGCUGGGAUGGUCUUCUCCGCUGAGAUGGUUCAAACCUGAAGUGCGUGGUAGCUUUGCAUGUAAGGAGCCUAAUUCGAUGUCAUGGCGAAUGCAGGGCUUAAGGGCGCCAGCCCAGCUGCACAAAAGCAGCUAGAAAAGCUGCAAAAGCGACGGGAACAGCGAGAGCAGUGGCCUGCCGAGAAGCAGAUCGUUCGCUUGCCUGCCAGCAGUGGGGCCCCGCCUGCCAUUGAGCUGGAGGAUGUAGAUGACUGGCUGCAGAUUGUUUUGGAUCACCGCCGGCUGCCACCAAACAAGAGGAAUCCAAGCUCACUCUGUGUCCUUGAAAGCUUGGGAAAUAGCUGCCCUGCGACCUGCGGUCCUGGCGUGGAGAUGAUGCGCCGGAUCUAUUCAGACCCAACUGCUCUCAAGGAGCAUAGGUCAACGCUUGGACGGCGUAAACGAGGGGGUUCACGAUGGCGUGGUUCAGGCAAUCCAGUUGGGCAAACGGUUCCUCCCAAUGCUCGAUUUGAAGAGGUCUUGCCAGAACUGGAGGAGCUACUUGAGCCUUCGUCAAACUGUGCGCCACAACCUCUAUCCCUCUCGCAUUCGGUAUCAGCUCCCGCCAGUAGCGUAUUUUUCCAGACAGAGGUUGAGUUGGAGGAUAGGAAGCCCAGCAAACCGACAUCAAUCACGAAAACACCAUCCUUGCCGUCUUUGCCAAGCAUUCCGAAAUCAAAGCGGGAUGAUUCAAAAGAAGCGGCUGGAAAGCCAGAGCUGUCAGAGAUGUCCACCACGAUUGAGUUGAAGGCAGGCUCUGAGAAUUUCAGCAGCUUGGAGCGGGAGCCGAAAGUCCCAGUCGACAAGAAGCUCCAAGCCCAAAGAUUGAUGAAAGCCUUCCAUAAGGCAGUCGAUGGAAGAUCCGUCUUGAUUCUCACUGACCAGUCUGAAGUGAGGAAGUCGGUCAUGCGAAGCUUAAUGUGUGCAGUGAAUGAGAUGUCCAUUUGCUUCACGUGCUCAACCGUUGAUAUGUGGAAGCGACUCAGCAAAGACCUCUUCCAUGCUUUGAUGGUAGACAUGAGCAAGGCUGAUCUUGAAAUCGAGAGUCUUGUGAAGACCAUCCGAGCAGAUCCACAGUAUGGAACGCUUCCCAUCAUUGUGUUGUCCCACAGGCAGCCAGAGUUGCCGGACUUAGUUCGGCAGACUUGCAGCUUUGUGGUGUUCCAUCCACUUUCGGCAUCGAUGCUUCGAGAGGCUCUUCUUUGGUGUUUCAACCGCAGUGCCCUGAAACAUCAAAGCUACUAUUGGCCACAGGCUGCACCUGUUGUAUUGCCAAAACGCCAUGGUAAUAGUUCAAAAACCCCGAACUUGACAGUGAGAGCCAGGCAACUUAAGCAAAAAUGAACGUGCAGACGCGCAAGGUUUAGGCGAAAGAGCUAUGCAGAGUUCAAACACAUGGUUUCACACAAUGUCUCACCCUGUCAGCAGAAGUGUCCAAAGUGUGGGCCGGGCAGACUACACGUUGUCUUUAAUUUUGAUUUUCAUGUGUGGAACAGAUUGGUGAUCGGUGGUGUAGUCUUUCCGCAUGGACAGCUCCAG